AAAAUGGCUGCCGGUUUUGUUAUUUUUCUGUCGAUUUUUAGUUUUUGACAGUUAUAAUAUCUGUUUAUGUUUGUUUUGUUUUUUGUCUGAUGGUUUGCUGAAUUGACGGGUUUGAGAUGGUGCAGAAAUACCAAUCACCCGUUCGGGUGUACAAAUACCCGUUUGAAAUAGUGAUGGCCGCCUACCAAAAGAGAUUUCCAACAUGUAAAAUGAUUCCAGUAUUUCUAGGCAGUGAAAUUAUCUCUGAAUAUCACAGUGAAGAUGGAGCUGAGGAAACUAUUGAAAGGAGAUGUCGCUUGAAUGUUGAUGCACCAUAUUUAUUGAAAAAGAUUGUUGGAGUGGAUUAUGUGCUAUUUAAUCAGACCAAUGCCUUGGAUCGAAGAAAUCGAACUUUAAAAAUUACUGCUUUUAACGAAAGUUUUGCUUCCAGGGUUACUAUUAAUGAACAUUGCAAUUAUUCUGUACAUCCAGAAAAUUCUAACUGGACCUGUUUUGAACAAGAUGCUAGUCUCGAUAUUAAACAUUUUUUCGGUUUUGAAAGUACUGUAGAGAAAAUUGCUAUGAAACAAUAUACAGCUAAUAUUCAAAAGGGUAAAGAGGUUAUAGAGUAUUAUAUAAAUGAACUAAUAUCUGAAGGUAUAACCAAUAUACCUCCAUGGACAGGACCCUCGGAAGAAGACCGAGAAAAAACACCAACUGUAGAAAAUGCUCCAUCCCAGGAUAGUGGGUUACAACGAUCUCGCUCUAACAGUGUUACUAGUCAACAUAGUCAAGCUAGUCUAGUAUUAGGGGCAUCUGCUGCUACCAUUAGUAAAAAUGGAGAGGAUGAAGAUGAAGCUAUACCAGAAGCUAAGGGUAAACUAGAUGAUGAUUAUAUUAAAAGAUUUUUGGGACAUCUUACUAUGGUGGAGGAGAGUAGUUUGGUUCAGUUAAGACAAAGUUUACGAGAAACUCAUAAAGGAAAGAUUCCUAAAGAUGGUCAUAUCCUGAGAUUUUUACGUGCUAGAGAUUUUAAUAUUGAUAAAGCAAGAGAAAUGCUGGUUCAUUCUAUGGCUUGGCGUAAACUACACAAUAUAGAUAAUUUAUUGGACACCUACACCCCUUCUCCUGCCAUGCAGUCAUAUUACCCUGGCGGCUGGCAUUACUCUGAUAAAGAAGGGAGACCAUUAUAUAUAUUACGACUAGGACAGAUGGAUGUAAAAGGACUGAUGAAAUCAGCAGGAGAAGAAGCUAUACUCAAACAUGUAUUAUCAGUAAAUGAAGAAGGGUUAAGGAGAGCUGAAGGGGCCACCAAUAAAAGGGGCUAUCCUGUCAGUGCUUGUACGUGUAUUGUUGAUCUAGAUGGAUUAAGUAUGAGACAUGUGUGGAGACCAGGUGUUCGAGCUUUAUUACGAAUCAUAGAAAUAGUGGAAGCCAAUUAUCCCGAAACUAUGGGUCGUUUGUUGAUCGUUCGAGCUCCUCGUGUUUUUCCAGUACUAUGGACAUUAGUUAGUCCGUUUAUAGAUGAAAAUACUCGUAAAAAGUUUAUGAUUUAUGGUGGAAAUGAUUAUAAUGGUCCUGGUGGAUUAAUCGAGUUUAUUGAUAAACAAUAUGUACCUGAUUUCCUGGGUGGGGAUUGUUAUUGUGGUGUACCAGAAGGUGGAUUGGUACCGAAAUCUCUGUAUCAAGAAGAUUUAAUAGAUAAAUCACCAGAUGACCCUCCUUUAAGUGUUGAUAGUUUAUAUCUUACUGCUUAUGUGCUUAAAGAUUUUCCUCAUGAGGUAUUGAUACAAGUGCCUCAGAGAGGUUCUGUGAUAACGUGGGAUUUCGAUAUCCUCAAAGGUGAUAUAACAUUUACUGUAAUCCGGUGUAAACAGAGUCAAUCAACAGAUUCGGCACAUCAACAUCAUGUCAGUGGUGCAGUGGGCGGAAUCAGGUCUACUCAAUACAUCACUAAGUCUAUGGUGGUGGGCGUGGAUCUAAGCAUUGUGGAACCACCCCAUAUAUGUCGAGAUGGUGACAGCGUACAGGGUUCCCAUGUUACAUCACAAUCUGGUAGUUAUAUAUUACAGUGGAAAUAUUUUGAUUCAGCUAGAGCAUCAUUUGACUUCCCUCUGACAUCACAUAAAUCUAAAGUGAUGUAUUAUACUGAACUACUACAAUCAGAGGCUUUCAAAGGCUCUAUGACUAGUUUACAAUCAUGUCAAAGCGGAUUUUCUUCUUUAAGUAUUGGUACUAAUAACAGUGGAGCUAGUCCCGGACCUUCCAGACUAAGAAGAUGAUAAGCUACCGGUAUAAGGAAUAGAAGAGUAAUCAAACCCUGCCCCUGUCAACCCAAUUGGUAUUUGUAAGCCUAUUGAUACAUAUGUUUUAGGAUAAUGGACUAGAGGGAUUUUAGUUUGUGAUAUUAUACCGUUUAUUGGGUGGUUUUAGAUAGAAUAAUACAUAUCAUAUUUGGGAGAUAUCAAAAGUCACAAGAAGAAGUAGUGUACAUGUAUUAGAAAACUGAAAGUAGAAAAAAUAAUUCAGCACUUUGACUGCAAAGUCUUAGUCAUACCCAUUUGUAAUAUUUUUGAUUAAUGCCUGGUGGUGAUUAUUCUGAAACUUGCUGCCUUUGAUUGACCGGAGAUCAUUUGACAUUGAUACUAAGGAAAUAUCCU